UCCCGAGUAUUUCCCAUUUCAUUCCCUCGUCUACGAGCGUCGAGAGACUGGCGUGAAGAAGCGAAUAUGACCAUAAGGAAUGUGCGGGACCAUGGGCAGCGUUAUAGACCGCGCAUGGCAUGCCUGAAGAAGGUGGAGACUGUGGUGUUGGAGAUGCAGGACCCCAAAACUGGAGUGAAAUCUCAGACCCAGAGGCUUGUUAUCACAACCAUCCCACAUGCUAUAACAGGGGAAGAUAUUGUUGCAUGGAUUGCUAAUCGAUUAAAAAUAGAUGCUUCGGAGGCCCAAGCUAUGGGGACCAUGAUGGUGGCGUUUGGGUACAUCUAUCCACUACAAGAUCAUAAGAGACUUAUCAUUAAACCAGACACAUCCCUGUAUCGCUUUCAGACACCAUAUUUUUGGCCUGCACAGCAAUGGCCAGUGGAAGACACAGACUAUGCAAUCUAUUUGGCAAAGAGAAAUAUACGCAAGAAAGGGAUGUUGGAGCUGUAUGAACAGGAAGAGUACAACAAUCUUUACAAAUGGAUGAAUCACAAGUGGGAUUUUAUUGUAAUGCAGGCCAAAGAGCAGUACAGGGCGGGUAAGGAGAGGAAGAAGCCGGACCGGGUGGUUUUUGACUGUCAGGAACGGGCCUACUGGGUUGUACAUCGGCCACCGCCCGGAACGGUUAGUGCCAUGGACCAUGGACUCGACAGGAUGGUCGACCCCAAUUUGGUGGAGAAAAAAACACCUGACUACUACAGAAGAAUUAUUAUGUUCACGCAGCAGUGUAUCAUGAGACCAAGGGUGAAGUCAUCUGUGUCGAUUGGAGCACUUGUUAAGUACUCGACAACAUACAAAGAGCAUGACCCAUUUCUCAACUCCUGCCUCCCAAGUAACCCCUGGAUAACGGAUGAUAUUACAUACUGGACCCUCAACAUGCCAAAUGUUGAGACCCCUACUAAAAUGAGAGUGGAGCGCUGGACUUUCAGCUUUGGAGAAUUGCUUUCUGACCCUCGGGGAAGGGAUGAUUUUCGCCUCUUCCUUAAAAAGGAGUUCAGUGGUGAGAAUCUUGCCUUCUGGGAGGGAUGUGAGGAUCUGAAAUGGGGUGCUGCAGAGACAAUGAAAGAAAAAGCUCAGCAAAUUUACAAGACCUUUUUGGCUCGUGGAGCUCCACGUUGGAUCAACAUUGAUGGCAAAACAAUGGACAUAACAGUGAAAGGUUUGGCACAUCCUCACCGUUAUGUACUGGAUGCUGCCCAGACUCACAUUUAUAUGCUCAUGAAGAAGGACUCGUAUGGGCGAUAUCUCAAGUCCCCGGUGUUCAAGGAAACUCAGAAGAAGGCCGUUGCUCCCGAAGCACACAGAUUCAGUGAGACACAGUUGGAGCAGAAUUCCAAGAGAAGGCGUCCCAGUCUGAGUCCCAUUAUGCUGAGACAGCAGGAGGAAGAACAGAAAGCCAAACUUGCAGCAAGUGGACCGGUGGACAUCACACAGCUCUGCCGGUUCACAGCACCUGUGCCUCAUCUGGCCGUGUAUACAGGCAUUUGUGAAGCUCAAUCUACUGCCUCCCCUGGGCUCAUGACACUGCCCAACAGUGCUGCUUGCCCAUCUCCCAUCAGCGUGGCCAUCGACAGUACUCCAGCCUCAGAGAGGAGGUUUGAUGGCAACGGAGGGCCUUCCUCCUCCCAUUUCCCAUCUAUUGCAGAGGCGUCUGUAUCAGAGGAAGAGAACCAGCCACCUGCCCCUAAGUCUCGUAUGGCUCUGUCACUGAGCAGACUCCUCCGCAGAGGAUGCAAUGCCCCGUCUGUCUUUGCCAGCCUAUCCCCGAAAUGUUCUGUAGCUUCAGGGGGAGGCAAAGUACAACCGCUUGGAGUGGAACCGCUAGCACAACCCCAGCCCAGAAGAAUUGCAAACUUUUUUCAAAUCAAAGUCGACAUCCCACCUGAAUGCCGCAUCUACCCCAUUGAUUCAGAAGAUGAGGAGGAUGACAGUCCUGAUGCAGCAAGACGAGGCGUGAAAGAAAUCAUUUGCCCAUGGGAAACUGUCACCAAACAAGAUGGAGCUAGGAGCUAGAUAGAAGAGUCAUAGACGAGUUACACUCUUAAAAAUAAAGGUUCCAAAAGAGGGAUUUUGCAGCAAUGCCAUUAAAGGACCAUUUUUGAUUCCCCGAAGAACCUGUCAGUGAUCAGUUCUUAAAAGAACCAUUUUUUUAGUUUGAAAAA